AUGGAGAGCAAACAUCAAAGCCAUGGUGAGAUCAAAGAGGAAAAAGCUGUGAAGAAAAAAAAGAGUUGGUCUGGGAGUCUUAUCGCAGCCGCUCUAACUGGUGCUUUUGGGUCGUCUUUUCUUUAUGGCUACAACCUCUCGGUGGUGAACGCACCUGCAGUGUUUAUCAAGAAGUUUUACAAUGAAACUUGGGAAAGAAGAUAUGGCUUCUCAGUGGAUGAAAGCACACUGACUCUCCUCUGGUCUAUAACUGUUUCUAUUUUUGCCAUUGGUGGCCUUGUGGGUGCCAUUAUUGUUACGCCAAUUGUGAAGUUCUUCGGACGGAAAUGUACAUUGCUGCUCAACAAUGUGUUUGCCGUGGCAGCUGCAUUGCUGAUGUCCCUCUCCUUGUUGGCGGGGUCAUUUGAAAUGCUGAUACUGGGCCGCAUUGUAAUGGGUGUUGAUGCAGGCAUUUCUCUGAGUGCCCUUCCCAUGUAUUUGAAUGAAAUAUCUCCUAAGGAAAUCCGUGGUUCGUUGGGUCAGGUCACAGCAAUUUGCAUCUGUAUUGGUGUUUUCACUGGUCAAGUUUUGGGGCUGCCAGAAAUAUUUGGGCAAGAAUCUCGGUGGCCUUAUUUAUUUGGAGCGAUCCUUGUCCCUUCAUUGAUACAAGUUGUGAUUCUUCCCUUUCUUCCUGAAAGUCCACGUUACCUCCUACUUGAAAAACAUAACACAAGCAAGGCAGAAAAAGCAUUUCAGACCUUCCUUGGGAAAGAUGAUGUGUCUCAAGAAAUAGAAGAAGUUCUGGCUGAGUCUCGAGCCCAAAGAAACACCAAGUUAGUGUCGAUACUGCAGCUCCUGAGGACCCGCGCCGUGCGAUGGCAGAUUGCUACCACGGUUGUCGCCAUGGGCUGCUACCAGCUUUGUGGGCUGAAUGCUAUCUGGUACUACACACACAACAUCUUCCUUGAAGCUGGGAUCAAUCCUGAAACAAUCCCCUAUGUUACUCUAAGUACUGGUGCUAUUGAGACUUUGGCUGCUCUUUUUUCUAGCUUAGCCAUUGAACGUCUGGGCCGCCGGCCUCUUCUCAUCGGAGGCUUUGGGUUGAUGAUCGUCUUCUUCGCAGUACUUACUGUCUCUCUGACUUUACAGAAAACUGUGGAAUGGCUUCCUUACCUCAGUAUAUUUUGCAUCCUUGCAAUCAUUGCAUCAUUCUGCAUUGGACCAGGUGGGAUUCCAUUUGUCCUCACUGGAGAGUUUUUCCAGCAGUCUCAGAGGCCAGCAGCAUUCAUGAUAGCUGGGACAGUCAACUGGCUCUGCAACUUCGCAGUUGGACUGCUCUUCCCUUUCAUUCAGAGUGGUUUACAGACCUAUUGCUUCCUAGUGUUUGCUGGCAUCUGCUUUGCGGGAGCUACCUACCUGUUUUUUGUCCUGCCUGAAACAAAAAAUAAGACAUUUCAUGAAAUCAGCCAGGCAUUUGCCAAAAGGAAUAAAGUAUCUUUAGAAAUGCAAGAAAUGAACCACCACCCAGGGGAGAGGAAGUCGAGUGUGGAACAAGAAUCAAACUUCACGCCUUCGGUGGACAACGGAGAAACCAAGAAAGGGAUCGUGUAA